AUGGACUGGAGCAGAUUGAGCACCAAAUCCAGCCAGGCCGGGCUGGAGCAGCGUGUCGGCGACAGGACCUGCGGGCUGCGCAAGGUGGCGGAUGAGCUGGUGAAGGUGCAGGUGGCUCUGAGCAAUAUUGCCGGCAAGAGGGAGAGGAUCAAAAUCCUGUUUAAGAAAAUUGAAGAUGUAAUAAAAUACCUUGACCCUCAGUACAUUGAUAGGAUGGCUGUUCCAGAUGCCAUGAAGUUGCAGUUCAUCUUGGCAGAGGAGCAGGUUAUUCCUUCCCGAGCAGCACUGCUGAGUCAGGUGAAGAACCUCCAGCCCAUCUUGGAAAGUGCCAGUAUCCAAGCGGUUCCUGACCAUGCAGCCAAACUACAGCGACUCUCAAAUCCGCAUACAGCAGAACAGCAUCAAGAUCUCACUGACGGUGUCAAGAUGCUCCUUGAAGACUACAACAAAAUGACCCUGCUUCUCUCCAAGCAGUUUGUCCAGUGGAAUGAAAUACUGACGCAGCUGGAAAUGGCCAAGGGAGCAAAACCUGCGGUAGAGUGA